GAGGAGGACGAAACUAAAAUGUCUUCAUGGGCCAAAGCAAACACAGAUCAAGCACAAACACCUGAUCCUGAAAACAGGCACAGACCGGGGUGGAUUCCUCGACUUCUGGACAUAAAUCCUUACAAAACCGUUCAGCAGAGUUCUUACUCUCCCCCAGACGGUUAUUCGAAGGACUUUGAGGAUGGCAACAGCUUUGAAGAACUUUUUGGGCAGCAGUAUCAUCCAUCCACGGACAACGAAGAUACUUUUGAGAGAUACCAGUCCUGUCAGAAAGAUGACGGCCACACCAAGGAUGUUCAUCGCGAUAAGUUGUACAUGGAGUUCUACCAGCAGAUAGACAAGGCAUAUAAGAGAGAAAGAGCUUCGGACUGUGUCAUCGUUUCCAUCAGCAAGGAUCAAGCGGAAUAUUCAACAGCCAUAGGCCAUCGGUUGCAGGAUCAUGGCCUUGUGGUGGAAAUGAUAUACCUUACUUCUGAAUCAGGUCUUACACGCGCCCUCCAGGAAGUUAAAAACGAUGGUUCUCCAUUUUGCGUUCUUGUUGAACCAUCUAAUGUAACACUUUGCUCAUGCACCGUAAUCAUGCUUCAUCAGAUUAUCAAAAUACACCGUAAUAUGCCCAUGGAGGAUGCCCUGGCUCUGAUAGCUAAAGAAUUUCAGAAAAUUUUUGCUGAGCAUGAACAACAGCAGCACGCAGAGAUUUCCCACAAAGCAGCUGAUCUGGCGGAUGACUACCUAGAACGGGAGAUUUUUGAGAGUUACCAUGUGCCUCUAGGCAUUAGACACCUCCUCUUUCUGUUAAGUGAGGGAAAACAUUUAUAUGCGGAAGAAUUGAACUCAAUAAGUGACUACCUGAAGACCAGGAGAAAUAAGCUUGAAGGUUUUGUUGCAGAAACGAACGCUUUAGCCGCCGCAGGUGAAGACGCCGGGUUUCCAAAUGUCAGGCCAAGCGGGAGCGCUCUCCCCCCGACGCUGAGCAAGCCCCCACCUCUGCUGCCAACGCCUGGCCGAGCCCCUGUGUUAGGCCAGCCUGGGGUGCCCUCGCCUAAGCCAGCUUUGUUGGGCGAAAGACCGUUGGGGCCUCUUCUUCCCACUCCAGCACUGCUGGCUGGCCCAAAGGGCAAACCUCCACCUCUUCUUAUAAAGACCAGCAAAAGACAGAUGCACCACACUCCUCCGCAUAAGCCCACAAAGCGGCCACUGCUUGGGGGCAGACCUGGCCUGCUGCCUACACCAGCUGCUCAGUCCAGAUCCUCCCAGCAUCCCUGGUCCUCUAAACCAAAGUUCCUGACUUGAGAGGACGCCUGAACUAAUAAGGAAUUAAAUAAAGAGUCAUCCUAGAUGGCAGCAUUUCUCUUCUAAGAUAAGCUGAGUUUGACAAAUGUGUGUGUUUUUACCACUCCUGGCAAUGUUAAAUGCAUAUUAUUUUCUGUUGUACACAUUCCUAAGAACAAGUUGUUGUUUUUUUUACUUAAAACACAACAUAGAUGUUUGUAGACAAUGGAUAAUGUAGAUUCCCAAUGUUAACCUGUUCUCUAAAAUCAAUGUUGUCCAAAAUAAAUGACUUAUUUCCACAGGU